CCACCGUUUUCACGCAUGCGCCGAUCCUUGCGCGAGAUGUGCGUGCGUAUGGCUCCAUGUGUGUCCGCCUCUGUCUCUUGAAAUCAUCGCGUUGUCUGUUUUUAUGUGAGAGCUCACUUCAGGCAUCAUGAGUGCGGCAGCUUCUGGGGCGUAUGGUACGUCAUGCGUGAUGGUACGUACGUAAGUACGGUGUACCGUCACAUAGGCAGCUGUGCGUUACUGGCACCAGGGGACGACACACUGCUACGCGGGUGCUCCAUUUAAUUUUUCGUCUGCUAGGUAGGCUUAACCGUGCAGUGCAUUCUCUCGGCAGUGGCUUUGCUCCGCGUACUCCGUCUGCACGAUGAGCGGCUCUCAGGUGUCCUCUAGAGUGUGUGGUGUCGUGUGUCUCUUUCAUCUCAUUAGCAACGGAAGCCUUCGGGGAUAAAGAACGGCAUCGCACCAUGAUAAAGUGUACUACACGCAAGACGAAGGUGCGCGCUGUCAUAUUCGCAUGCAUUGCGAUCCUCAGUGUGGUGUUGGUGAUGAUGUACCACAGCUACAGCACCGACGAGUACCACCUGUCAAGACCUGUCCCAGUGAUUGAUGGAAGCGUGAGGGGUUCCACAAAUAUGCGGAACUCUUCCACAGCUAAAAGCACGAGUGGUUUUCGGUGGCCGUGGUCCAAAGCGAAAAGCUCUCUGGACGAAUGUCACGCUGUUCCGAAACGGGUCGGCGCAGAUAUAGAUACACCUGACCUGUACGCGAAACUCAAUUUCGAAUCUAUCUCAGUCAGCUUCUGGAACCAGACGUUUGAGAAGCGCUACUAUGAUACGAGAAGGAACUGGGAUAAGCUGCCUCUGGAGGUGAUUGUGGUUCCACAUUCGCACAAUGACCCCGGUUGGCUUAAGACUUUUGAGGGCUACUUCCUGAGCAGUACAGCACAUGUCCUGAACAACAUGGUGGACUUCCUGCACAAACAUCGAGACUUUUCCUUCAUUUGGGCCGAGGUCUGCUUCUUCUCUCGAUGGUGGAGAAGCCUUCAGAACCGCCCGCACCUGCGUGAAGCAGUUCGUGAGCUGGUGACCCGAGGCCAGUUGGAGAUGGUCACCGGAGGGUGGGUGAUGACCGACGAAGCCGUGGUCCACUACUACGCGAUGCUGGAUCAGCUGAUAGAGGGCCACCAGUGGUUGCACGCAAACUUGGGCAUCUCUCCCCGCAGUGGCUGGUCCAUCGACCCCUUCGGUCACGGCUCGACCGUCCCCUACCUCCUUCACGCUUCGGGCAUCCGCAACACCUUCAUCCAGCGCACCCACUAUGCCUGGAAGCGUUACCUGGCUGCGAGACAGCAACUCGAGUUCCUCUGGCAGACGCCUUUCCUCACGCCCACGCUGGGUUCCACGGACAUCCUUUGCCACAUGUCUCCCUUUGAACUGUACAGCAUUAAGCACACGUGCGGCCCGGACAAGGACGUCUGCCUCAAGUUUGACUUCAGGCGCAUCGCGGGGGAGUUCUCCGAGAGCCGGUCUAUGCUGGUCACCGAGCACAACGUGGACACGUUGGCCGAGCUGCUCCUGGGACAGUACGGACGAAUCGGAUCACUCUUUCCGCACAACGUGGCCUUCGUGCCGCUGGGCGACGACUUCAGGUACGACCACGACGUGGAGUGGAUGCAGCAGUACGAGAACUACAAGAAGCUCUUUGACCACAUCAAUUCCAACGAGAUCUUUCACGCCCACAUUCGCUUCGGAACGUUGAACGAUUACUUCCAGAUCGUUCACAAACGGAUGGAGAAGCUGGAGUUCCCGAGCCUGACGGGAGACUUUCACGCGUACGGAGACGUCUACGGAGACGGCAAACCCUCGUACUGGACGGGGUACUACACGACCAGGCCCUACAUGAAACACUUCGCGAGGGAGCUGGAACACUGGUUGAGGGCGGCCGAAAUUAUUUACAGCGUUGCCAGGCCCUACCUGGCUCAGGCCGGCAUGCCGGAGCUGGCAGCUCGCAUGGAUGCCGACUACGUCUUCCUGGUUCAAGCGAGGGACAGUCUGGGACUGUUCCAGCACCACGACGCCAUUACGGGCACGUCUAAAGAAAACGUCAUGUCGGAUUACGGCUCGAGGAUGUACCACGGAAUGAAGGAAGCGAUGGGGGUCGUCGCACACUCUGCUCAGCUGCUGAUGCUCCAAGAGGAGGCGGCGCCCGACAAGAACUAUCGCCUUCCGCACCCGACCUCCUACUUAUUUCCGGACCUGCACAGGAUGUCGUACGACGUCCUGCCGGUGAAGACCACCCUGACGGUGCCCGGCAGAUUCGGGCGGAAGAUCGUCCUGUACAAUUCGCACGCGCAGCCCAGGAGCGAAGUCGUCCGGGUUCACGUGCAGAAGCCGAUAUCGAAGAUCUUGGACCCCGCGGAGAGCGAAGUGCCGUUCCAGAUCAACCCCGUCUGGAACGAUGCAGCCCAGAUGUCGAGCGAUCGUUUCGAAGUGCUGUUUGUGGCCGACAUGUCGCCCGUGUCGCUCAGCACGUACACCUUGCUGUCGGAACCUCGACCCGGUGGCACGGCAUACAGAAAGACGCAGGUGGCCCUCUUCGUGUCGGACGCCUGGGAAAAUUCUGACGUCGACAGCAUCUUCAGCUUCGAGGGACCGGCCACUGAAUCGAUUCAGCUGAGCACGCCUUACUUGACCGCUACGUUCUCGCAUCUGACCGGCCUGCUGACGUCCGUUAAGCUCCAUGAGAGUGGUGUGCACAACAACAUAAACCUUUCGUACAGGGCCUACCAGUCGCUGGAGUUCCACAGCGGUGCCUACCUCUUCCAGCCGGACCUGAACAAGCCAUUCGUCAACGUUACGGGCCGCUUUCCAAUCAUCCGCGUCAUCAGGGGCCCGAUCAUGUCCGAGGUCAUCGUCACUUACCCAGGUGCGGUGAUCCACACUUGCCGUGUGUACCACCUGGAGGGCCCAUUGGGCGGCGGGAUUGAGAUGAGCACCGUGUUUGACCUCUCGAGCACCGUUGAUUUCAACAUUGAGCUGUUCAUGAAGCUGGACACGGACAUCGACAACAAGAAAACGUUCUACACGGAUUCCGCUGGCUUUCAGAUGAUGCGUCGGCACACCAAUGUCGACCUUCCCAUCCAAGCCAACUAUUAUCCGAUAACAUCUGCCGUCUACAUGGAGGACACGACGUCUAGGUUGACGUUGCUCGUCUCCCAUGCCCACGGGACAGCCAGCAUCCAGCCUGGAAGCAUAGAAGUGAUGCUAGACAGGAAGGUGCGCUACGACGACAGCCGCGGUCUCGGAGAGGGCGUCACGGAUGUUCGCAGAACCGUCGCUAAUUUCUGGUUGCUGCUCGAAGAACAACGGAACACGGAGAGCGAAGACAUCCCGAAUUUAUCUUUUCUCGCGCACACCCUGUCGACGUACUUGAACUACCCUGCGGUUAUUCUAGCAACGGAAGGCAACCAGAACAGAGCUCUCUACCCAAAGAUGACCUUCCUCAACGGCUCCUAUCCAUGCGAGACGUUUAUGUUGAACCUGAAGACUACGCCCAUAGCUGGCAAUUUUGAUCAGGCAUCUCAGAGCAGUCUGCUGAUUUUGCAUCAGAAAGGAUCCUCGUGCCAGGUUCGACACCUUGUGCCACACUCUUGCCAACAGACUGAGCUGUCAGACUUCACACAUCUGAAGGUGCACUCCAUACAUAGGACUAUGCUAACAGGUACUAGGAAUUUGGAAAAAGUGUCUCAAAUUAGUGAAGUUAAUGUGCCUCCCAUGGAGAUUGCGACACUGAACGUUACAUUUGGAGCUUAAACACGUCAACCGUUGCAUUUUGUAGCAGCAUCUCGGAACCCUGUGGGCAACAAUGUCAGGAAUGAUGAGAGUAUCCGUUCUAAUGCUGGGGCUUGCAUUUGGUACGGGACUGUGGCCUACAACUUCAAAAGUGUUAGUUAUAACUUAUAAGUAAUAAUAAAUUUCAGGUGUGUCUCGUGCUAUAUAUGGUUGUUGCUAGGCCAUUUCAAAAAAUUUUAUGGUUACCAUAGAUCAAUGUUGCUCUUGCUUUUUGUCGUGUACGUAGGAGUGGAACAGAAACCAAAUACAAAAUGUGAUGCUUGUUUUUUCUUUUAUUUUUUCCCUUUUUUCUUCCUUUUUGUGUGUAUCCAUCUAGUCCACAUCAUGCGCAACUCUUGACUGCAAAUGUCCACCUUGGAAAUUCGCGUAUUGUCCUUCAUGUAAAUACAACAUGAAGACUGUUAUCACUGUCGAGACACUGUCUUUUGACGUGUACGCCAUUUCAUAUGCUCAGCAGCAUUAUGGCUGAAGUGUCAAAGUAACUAAUGGUAGUGCAUAUUAGGAGCUUAAACAUGUCUCGUUAAAUUUUUACUGAUGGUCAUCUUGGCAUGACAGUAGCUUCCUUGAAGUUGCAAUAAACAUAGGUCCAUUCCCUUGCUAGAGAUGGGUAGUGCUAGUAAUAUCAGCUCAGCUCUGUAUCAGAGACUGUACAUACAAACGCAUAUAUGACAGAGUCUCACGUUUUAUUUUUUUGCGGCACUUUAUUUCGGAGAAGCGCUACACUCUUUUCGUUGUCACCUUGUAUAUUUCUGAUAAUGGAUAAGAAAUAUUUAUAUUUUUCAAGAAUAUUUGUAUUAAAUAUCUGACCAGCCAAUGUAGAACCAGAGUGCAAGAAUAGCUUUCUGAGAAUCAGAGUUCUUCCAACAUUGUGCACUGUGACAGGUCUAAUUAACUAAAUUGAAACUGAUUUAGUUCUAUUCCUCCAAAUUCUGGACAAGGCAUUUUCAUAAUACGAAGUGGUAACAUUUAAAUACAAAAUUUAUAUUGCUGGUAAUAUCCGCAUUAUCUACGACAUACUGAAACUUAAAGAAAAAAACAUCCUUCAAAUCUACAUGAGCGUACCUGCUGUGCAAAUAUAUAAAAAAUAAUAGUACUGACAGCGUCUCGUGCUGCUCUUUCAUAGAGCACUUUCAAAACUACUGAGGACAGCACUGAGGAAUUUCCUCAACAUUCAUGCAGGCUGGCCCAGAUUUGUCAUAUUUCUAUGUAUGUAGAGAUAUAUUUUGAGUAACGUUAAACUGAACACUCAAUGCCUCACUGUGGUGAGUCUGGUAUGCUGCGUGAAUGAAAUGCUCUUGAGAUAAGCCAUUAUCCCCCAGGUUCUGCAAAGGGAAAAAAAAAAGUGUCAGCUGGUAGAAUAGAUAUUAUAUAUUACGUUUGUUUCUGUAGAGUUCCCGAGAGAUAUAAUAUAUUAAUCAGUGUGCAUACGCUGUUUCUACUACUCAGAUAAGAGAGUGAUACUAGAUGCUGCGACAUCAUCUUUGGCAAUACGUUCAUUCGUCAUUAUAAAGGUGCUCCACCAACCAAAGUGACAGUAACAGUGCAAUUAUCAUUAGUGACCCAACAUAUAUGUGCGAUGUUUAAUGUGUGGAUGUAAUUUAUUUGGUGCUUGGCAUAUCUUCUGUGGAUUACAUCUGGCUAUAUCCUUGCGUGGUAUUUAAAUGGGAACUUUACCAUCUCUGUUCCUUCAUUCAUAUUUACGGUUACGACAACACUUUGUCAUUCAUGUUCAAUGUUUCAUAUUUGACUUUGCACCGAACUGUGUUGAUUUGUAGUGACUUGAAAGAUCACCUAAAACAGUUGUCAAUGCACACACCCACUCUCAACAACAUAGGGUGUGGGGCUGUAGAAAUGUCACUUAUGUGUGUCUACAUGUUGUUCUUGCCUGAAUUUGAGUCAUUAUAUACAUGCACUAUUCCUUUUCCACCUUCUCUUGCUAAAGUGGUCGACUUUUAACGUCUGUUAAAAGACGAAGUAAUUAGGACACACGUCGCAUCAAUAAACUGGCUGAGUGCUAUGAAAACUUCAA